AGGGCCCAUUGGGGUGUCAGCAGGAGGUUGGCAGUGCCAACAGGACACUGCUGGUCCUGCAAUGCAGAGCUCCUCAAUGCCCCCUUCUGCAGGAAUUCCAGGAGGAUCCUUCUCCUCCAGGAAUUCUCUGCCUGCAAGCCAGCAAGGGUUUUAUCUGACCUCUGGGUUGUGCUGCUCUGCACCUUCUAGAACAGCUCUGCAAGAAUGAUCCGGCAGAUCCGUGCUGCAGCCUGUGAUUUGCUGUCUGCCACAUCUGCAAUGUACUUUUAUCCAGAAAAACCCUGGCUGGCAACAGCUCAUCUGGGGAAUUUGAUCACCCAGUUAUCCAGAGGUGGAUAUGGGGCAGCCCAUCCUUUGGCCCCAGCACUGCCACCAGCACCUCAGCUGGCUCCUUCCCUUCCUGAAGAAGAUAAUGUCAUGGAGGAGGUGGACGAGGAAUCUACAACAUUUUCCUCAGAAGAAUUCAUCCACACGAGCUCUCUGCUGGGAGCUGAAAGUUCAGAAGACUUGUUUCUCCUGCCUGUUGACUUCAGCAGAAGCACGAGCACUCUGGACACAUUCAGGGUCCGGCCACGGCAGAAAUCCCAGCUGACAGAGGAGGUGCUGGAGCGGCUGAGGUCCAUUGUGAACAAGGGGGACCCUAUGAAAAGAUACACUGACUUUGUUCAGGUUGGCCGAGGGGGUUUUGGGACUGUUUACAAAGCCACCGACCCAGCCUCAGGAGAUGUGGUGGCCCUGAAGAGGAUGCCUCUCCGCAAACGGUGCAAGAAGGAGCUUGUCAUCAACGAGAUCCAGAUCAUGAAGGAAAACAGGCACCCCAAUAUUGUCAAUUAUAUAGGCAGCUACCUGGUGGAUGAAGACCUGUGGCUCGUGAUGGAAUAUGUGGAUGGAGGCACUUUAACCAGCGUCCUUGUCCGAGUCUUUAUGGAGGAAAGACUGAUUGCUGCUAUCAGCAGGGAGUGCCUCAAAGCCUUAGAUUUCCUUCAUUCAAAGAAUGUGAUCCACAGAGAUGUCAAAAGUGACAAUAUUCUUCUCGGAUUGGACGGAUCUGUGAAACUGACUGAUUUUGGCCUGUGUGCUCAGCUGACCAAAGAGCGGAGCACACGGUGCACAGUGCUCGGCUCUCCUUAUUGGGUAGCACCAGAAAUCCUGAAAAAAAAGGAAUAUGACACCCAAGUGGACAUCUGGGCCCUUGGGAUAGUGGCCAUUGAAAUGCUGGAGGGAGAACCUCCAUACUUUAAAGAAAGCCCUCUCCAGGCCCAGCGGCUGAUAGCCCGGAACAGGUACCCCCCGCUGAGGAUGCCCAGCAAGAUGUCCUUCCUGUUCCACGCCUUCCUGCACUCCUGCCUGGACACCGACCCGCGCGUCCGCUGGACAGCCCGGGAGCUCCUGGAGCACCCAUUUUUACAGACAGCCAUGAGUCUCUCUGUCCUGCCUGAAGCCAUCCGCAUAGCCAAGAAAAUCCGUCAGAGCACGGAAACAGUCCACGCCAGCUCAGAGAAAAAGCAGGAAUAAAAUUUUCACUCCUUUGGGAAAUGUGCUCUCUUCUCACCCAAUGGUCCCAUUCACUUCUGAAUUGUUGGUUGUUUCUUAAAGAAUGGAAAGCCCCAAUUACAGGGGCUUUGGUAUGGUUUGGAAAUGGGGAAGGGUCUCACUCAUCAGCUCCAGACCACGCUGCUCUGGAAUGCCCUUGGGCUGGGUUUUGCCCAGUUGUGGCACUUCUGGAUGAGGAAGAAAGUGCAGUUGCAUUUCCAGCUAAAAACAGGUGAAAAAUGGAACAGCCAAAACAUCCUGUUGGAUACACACAGUCAGCUGGGACUGUGGAGUGUUUGGAGAAUUCCCUCUCCUCCUUACACCUGGCAGAAUGCAUUGACACAAAAAAUAUAUAAUAUAUAGAGAUUACAGAGAAAGAUAUGUAUAUAAAAGAUUACUAAAUGGGGGGUAUGCAAAUGUACAUAGACACACAAUAUACUGUAUAAUUAUAUGUAAAAAUAUAUAUAAU